UCUUUUGUUGAGGUGGACGCGAACGGGGAGGUUAAAAACUUUUCUUAGCUAGCGGGAUUGCGAAAGGAGGCUGCAGUCGCCAGUCGGACAUCUGCGGAAUAGGAUCUUGAAAAGCAUCCUUCGCGCGCUGUCCGACAAUGGAACUAGAGGGGCAAACUGAAUCACAUCCCCGUGGUCAAACAGAGUCAAGUGGAGCCAGGCAACUUUUUGAUUCUGGUGGUGGUUUCCAUGGUUUUUAUUGUGAUGGUGUUGGGGAUGUCGGGGGCUCUGUACUGCUUGCGCCAUCGCUCCCACCAUAAGCUGAAGGAAAAGCUGGCUGGUUUGGGAAGCUACACAGGCCACGAUGCCACGACAGCCUAUCAGGAUCUCUGUCGUCAGCGCAUGGUGGUGCAGACAUCAGAGCGUGGAGACCGAUCAGAGGUGUUUCACCCAUCGCACACAUCACGCAUUAACAGCAUGUCCUCACAGUUCAGCGAUGGACCGAUGCAGAGUCCCUCCGCCCGCAGCAGCACAUCCUCCUGGAGUGAAGAGCCUUCCCAAACCAACAUGGACAUCUCCACUGGACACAUGAUACUGUCGUAUAUGGAGGAUCACCUGCAGAAUAAGGAUCGUUUGGAUAAGGAGUGGGAGGCUCUCUGUAGUUACCAGGCUGAGCCAGCAGCAUGUGCGGUGGGUCAGGAGGAACAGAAUGUCCAGCGCAACCGCCCACACGGUGUCCUUGUGUAUGAUCACUCCAGAGUCAUCCUGAAGCCGGAGAAUAACCAAUCCAGAUCUGAUUACAUCAACGCCAGUCCCAUUAUGGACCAUGACCCCCGAAACCCAGCCUAUAUCAGCGCUCAAGGUCCUCUUCCCUCCACCGUGGCAGACUUCUGGCAGAUGGUUUGGGAAAGUGGCUGUGUGGUUAUUGUCAUGCUGACACCUCUUGCUGAAAACGGCAUCAAACAGUGUCAUCAGUACUGGCCUGAUGAAGGCUCGGACCUCUACCACAUAUAUGAGGUAAAUCUGGUCUCUGAGCAUAUCUGGUGUGAUGAUUUCCUGGUGCGCAGUUUCUACCUGAAGAACGUCCAGACUAAUGAGACCCGCACAGUCACUCAAUUCCACUUCUUGUCCUGGAUGGACCAGAAUGUUCCAGAGUCAGCUAGAACCUUGCUGGACUUCCGCAGAAAGGUUAACAAGUGCUACCGGGGCAGAUCUUGUCCAAUUAUUGUUCAUUGCAGCGAUGGUGCUGGAAGGAGUGGAACCUACAUCCUGAUUGACAUGGUUCUAAAUAAAAUGGUCAAAGGUGCUAAGGAGAUUGAUAUUGCUGCUACCCUGGAGCACCUGAGGGACCAGAGAUCAGGCAUGGCACAGACCAAGGAACAGUUUGAGUUUGCAUUGACUGCUGUAGCAGAAGAGGUGAACGCCAUCCUGAAAGCUCUGCCUCAGUGA